UGGGUGCAGUUUAGUGCAGCCGGGCCAACAUUUCAGUUGGCCCGGGUUUAUUUUUCAUUUCCGGGGUCGUCGUCUCAAAAUAAGAAGUGAAACAUGUUGGCUAACCCAGCAGCUAAAGGACCGUGACGUGCGUUUGUGUUCAGUGAGUUUUAGCGGUGUUUUUGUGAGUUAACGUCAGUGUGUGUGGCUCUGAGAUGACUGUUGGCACAUAAACAAUAACCGCUGUUUCUCUCCAGACCCAAAGAUGAUUGAACCAGCAGUACUGACCGAGGUCCCCGCAGCUCUGAAGCGGCUGGCCAAGCAGGUCGUGAGGGGUUUUUAUGGCCUGGAGCAUGCUUUGGCGCUGGAUGUGCUGAUCCGUAACCCGUGUGUGCGUGAGGAGGACAUGCUGGAGCUGCUCAAGUAUGACCGCAAGCAGCUGCGCUCAGUACUCAAUACCCUAAAAGCAGACAAGUUUGUGAAGUGCCGCAUGAGGGUGGAGACGGCGCCCGAUGGCAAGACAACGAGACAUAACUACUACUUCAUUAAUUACAGGGUACUGGUCAAUGUGGUCAAGUAUAAACUGGAUCACAUGCGACGACGCAUUGAGACAGAUGAGCGAGACUCCACCAACCGCGCUUCCUUCCGGUGUCCCUGCUGCUUCUCCACCUUCACCGACCUCGAGGCCAACCAACUCUUCGACCCUAUGACAGGUACAUUUCGCUGUACCUUCUGCCAAACGGAGGUAGAAGAGGAUGAGUCGGUCUGUCCUGACGCCAGGACGCUCGUGGCGCGCUUCAACGAGCAGAUCGAGCCCAUCUACGUGCUGCUCCGUGAAACCGAGGACGUGAACUUGUCCCAUGAGCUGCUGGAGCCUGAGCCUGCUGAGAUUCCUGCUCUCAAACAGAGCCGAGAACGUGCUGCAGCAUCAGGAGCAGCGAGCGGCCCGCACCGCGAAGCCUGGUCGAACAAAGGAUCGACGUACGCUGAUCUGUACACCCAGAACGUGGUCAUCAACAUGGACCAGGAGGAGCAGCAGAAACAGGCCGGCGACAGCAAGGCGCCAAAGGAGAGGCCGGUGUGGCUGACUCAGAGCACCGUACAGGGCGCUUACAACGAGCCGGACGUCCUCAAGAACCGUGGUGACGUACCUGGAGCCCAGGAUGGAGCGCCUGGUCCUGGCACCAGUCAGGUAGAUGAAAACGAGGAAGUGAUGCGCGCGCUGCUAAUCCACGAGAAGAGGAGCGUUGCAGGCGCCGGUGCAGGCGGAGCCAGCGCCGCUGCGAGGGCUCUCACCUCUGCCAACGCCAGUGACUCAGACAGCGACACCAGCGAGUCGGACGACGACUCGCCCCCGGGUCCUCCUCCUGCCGCGGCCGCGCAGCAUCGGGGCCAAGAGGAGGAUGAUGAGGACGACGAUGAAUUUGAGGAAGUGGGCGAUGAGCCCACAGUGAUGGUGGGAGGCCGGCCCUUCUCGUACAGAGAGGUGAGCCAGAGGCCAGAGCUGGUGGAGCAGAUGUCUGCACAGGAGAAGGAGGCCUACAUCGAGAUGGGCCAGAACCUGUACCAGGACAUGUUCUUCUGAGCCAGUCGGUCACAGCGUGGGUUCACUCUGCUGUGUCAGUGGGCAUGUCUGUGCACACAGCUCGUUUAAUCAUGCUGCUCAAGUAUUCAGCCUGCUUCAGCGUUCUUCGUUCCAUUAAUGAGGACGUACUCCGACAGUGUUGCCCCCCGUGUAGUAUUCUGUCCCAAGUAUUUUUAAAGCACCGCCCUACAACCCCAGAAGGAGCUGCCUAGCUGCACAGUGCCAACUGUUUUGUCUUUAGUUUGAAUCUUGUUGCCUGUUUCUUUUAUGUCCCGUUUAAAUGUAUCAGGUGUUUUACUCAGUAAAUUUCAGCGCUCAGUUUCGUGGACGAGGAAAAUAGAUUUCUGCAAACAAGCACAUGCAGCAGUGAGCUUGGAGAACUGGUAGAGGUGCUGGAGCUGCACACUGAUGGAGAACUGAAGAACCUGCGAGGACGAAGCAGCUGGCUUUACGUUCUGUGAUUUACUUCUUCUUUUUGUCUGAAACAAGUUAACAGACGGGACGUUUAAAAACUGGUCUCAGGCAGACGGAGCAUGUGGCUAACAGUGAAACAUUGCUUCUUUGGAGCAGUCUGUAAUAAAAAGAUACUGUGGUGAAGGAGGGGAGUCUUUAUACCAUAAACAUACUUUUUGACCAUCAUGUUGUUCCUGUGUACUGUCACCAGGGGCGGUGUCAUCACUGUGGUGUUUCUCAACGUCUUUAGGCUCAGUGCUUCCAGCUCUGAGCGUUUCACAUGUCAUACUCAGAAUGAUCCCUGUGAGUGUCGCCUACUCCAGCCAGUGACCGUAUCAGAUGACAAAACUUCUGUAAAGGUCAUAAAACUUGAACGGCAAACUGCACAAAUGCCACAAAGAAAAGCGACUAACAAUCUUCUGCAGUGUUAAUCUUGGGUUUUACAUGUUCCAGCUUGUUACUGUUGCAGAGGC